GCGGGUAAUUGGGCGUUUCCGUUGGCACCGUCAUCGCGCGAACCGAAACGCCCAAUUGCCAGCGGCGAGUGCACACUCAGUGCACACUCAGUGCACACUAUAGUUCUCCCAAGGAAAACUACUAUUAGAUGAAGACCGUUGCAGAGCUGCGUUUGGCGCCUUCGCGCUUCGCGCUCGUUUGCAUUCGUCAUUUGUUUCUUCGUGAGAUACAGUGAGACAUUCACGAGAGGAGAAGUCUCUUCCAGUCUAUUCGCGUCUAUUGCUCGUGUUAGCACUUGCUAGAUGCACAGUGAUGAGUAACGAGAGUAAGUGACCGUAACUGAAUUAUUGGACAACGAGGAUUUCCUAGAAAGAAACGAUCGAGAUUUCUUCUUUCUUCGGUCUUGAUGCAUGAUCCUAGCUGUAAUCAGUGAGUGAAUCAUCGAGAAUAACUAUAAUUAAAAAAUUGAACAAUAUAUUCCACCUACAACGAUCGAGAUUGUUCGACAAUUACCGAAAAGAGCAAGAAUAAGAUUUUUUUAAUUCCACAUUUUAUUUGAAUUUUUUAAUAUAUAACAUUUACAUAGAUUUUUACAUAAAUACUUACACAGAAUUAAUAAUUAACUAUGUCAAAGCGUAAAUUUUCGUCACGUAUUUCAAAAAGGUACCGUCGUAAAAUAAUUCGAGAAUGCAGUGAUGAAUUACUUGCCCGAUUUAACGAAGAAUUAGAUAUUAAUACAAACGAAAUUUUAAAUAAUUCUGCUUCGAGUAAUCAUGACGAGAUAAUCGAUUUUAAUUGCGCCAUUUCCGACAAAACUAAACAAAACGCAAUAAAUUUAUCAUUUCCCGAUUUAACGUUUACGAAUAUAACGAAUAGAAAUAAUAUAACGAAUAUUUCUGCACGUAAUGUUUCUGUAAAUAAUAUAUCUUUACAUCGAGAAAACAAUAUAAGAGAGGACAGUAUAAGAGAGGAGCGUGAUUCAGAGGAAGAAAACAAUUUCAAAGCAUUUUUAGUAUAAUGGUCUUGCACACAUCGUAUUUCUCAUGUAGCUUUAUCGCAUUUAUUAUCCGGUUUGAGAACAGCACAUCCUACUUUUUCCAAUUUGCCAAAAUGUGCAAAGACAUUACUAUGUACACUACGAUCUUCCGUUAUUAUUGAAAUAUUUCCGGGACAAUAUUGUCAUUUUAAUAUUGAAUAUAACAUUCUCCAAUUUAUAUCUAGAAACAAGAAUACGGUUUCAUCACCUGUUCAAAUUCAAAUUGGUAUCGAUGGUUUACCGAUUUCUCGGUCGAGUUCUAAUCAAUUAUGGCCUAUUUUAGGACGAAUCAUGCCUGACGGCAAAGUAUUUCUUAUUGGUUGUUAUUCUGGUAAAUCUAAACCAGCGGAUGCGAAUAAAUUCUUACAACAGUUCGUAGAAGAAAUCAGUAAUUUAAUUAAUGAGGGCGUUAUUUAUAAUGAGACAAUAUUUUCAAUAUCAAUACAUUCUGUCAUAUGUGAUGCUCCUGCAAAAUCUUUCAUUACUCUUACGAAAGGACAUACGGGUUAUUUCAGUUGUCCAAAAUGUACGAUUGAAAGAGAUUUUAUUGCUAACAGAAUAUGUUUCCCCAAUUUUGAUUACCAAGCAAGAACGAUAGCUUCUCUAAUCAAAUUCAAGAAGAACAUCAUCUGGGUCAUUCCAUUCUACUAAACAUUCCACAUUUUGGUGUUGUAUCUCACAUACCAUUUGAUUACAUGCAUAUGAUAUGCAUUGGCGUUGUUAAAAAGUUGAUAAGAUUGUGGAUAAGUGGUCCUCUUAAAACUAGAUGUUUAUCGUCGCAUAAAAUAAAAAAUGUUUCCGAGCCUCUUCUUAACAUCAGACAUUUCAUUCCAAAAGAAUUUGCAAGAAGACCACGAGAAAUACAAGAUUUUGCACAGUGGAAAGCAACUGAAUUAAGACAAUUUCUAUUAUAUACCGGUCCUGUAAUAUUACGAAAAGAAUUAAAUUCUGUUAUUUUCUCCAAUUUUCUUACUUUGCACGUUGCUGUUCGUAUUUUAUGUCAGAAAAGUACAGUCGAACACAUAGAAUAUGCAGAUAAAUUAUUAAAACAUUUUGUUGAAUGCUUUAUUAAAAUUUAUGGACCUGAAUUUGCGUCUCAUAACAUUCACGUUCUUUUACAUAUAGCUGAUUGCGUAAAACAAUUUGGACAAUUAGACACUUUCAGUGCCUUCCCAUUUGAAAAUUUCAUGAAAGAAUUGAAAUCUAUUUUAAGAAAAUCGGAUAAACCAUUAGAGCAAAUUAGAAAUCGGAGAUGAAUUUUUGUAACAUAAACUCUGACAGUAUAAACGUUUCAAAAAUUAACGUAAAGACUCCUCACGAAAAAGGACCAUUGCUAUCGGGUUGUUUCAGUCUACAAUUUUCGAAGAUUGAAUUUCCUCAAUUUGUUAUUUCAAUUAAAUCUCCUUGUUUAAACUUCCCGCGUGGCAUGUUUCGUGCGUGCAGUUGAUCGAGUGGUAGACCUGCAUGACGAUGUCGCUACCAGAAGAGAUAAGGUUGGCGCGAGUUUUUGGUUGCCUGGCGACGAGCGGACGUUGUUGGUUGUUAUUCGUUUUUCCCUCCUUUUCGAGUAAUACAGUUCAGUUUUAUUUAUGAAUCAAGCCUUUUUGAACAUAAUAAGAGAAAACCGUGAACUCUCAGUAUAUCUUUAAAGUUACAUUGCCAUUCGGGCGGAGCGAAUGAGAGAAAAACACAUUGUCGUUCGGGUGGAGUGAGUGAGAGAAAGUACAAGCUUUCCUUAGAAUUGCACGUGCAAACGCAAUCAGCCAUUCGGGCGUGAAUUACUGUCUUUCGGACAAAAAGGAGAGAGAGAGAGAGAAAGUGACCAAGAGCACAGGCUUUGGUAUUUUUUUUUUUUUACUUAUUCUAUGUUCAAUGAUAUAGUGCCACUCGGGCGGUGAGAGUAAGAGAGAAGAAAGAUAAAUCUUUCUUCUAAUUCGUUCAUUUCACCCGAUUCAUAGAGACUUCUAGCGCAAGUUGCCGAUCAAAAAGAGAGAAAGAAGACGAGAAAGAUAGAGAUGAGAAUGUCGAAUUCUUUCAUCGGAUUACGAAACUACGCCAUUUUUUCUUCUACAAACGACGUUCUUAUUAUCAGCUUACCAACGAUACGUAUUUACUAAUUUUAAGUUUAUCUUCUGUUUCUUGAAUAAAUUGAGACUCAUCCGAUAACCUAAUAAUGUAACAGUUUCGUGAAUAUAAUUAAUUAUAAUAUUUAAAUGUAUGAAUUUCUCUUUGAAUUUAAUGUUUCUUUUCUUCUCUAUUUUGACUUUAUUGACAUAAGAUAAUUAUAAUUAGUGUAUUUCCGUGGAUUGCUAUAGUGUAUUGCUAAUAGAUAAAAUAUAAAUUUCAUAUAAUUAUUUUUAUUAAUGUUGUUAAAUUUCUUCACCUUUUAUCAUUCAUGUUCUUUUAACACUCCUGAUAAUUGUUGUCUCAUAGAGAAUGAUAUCGUCUGUUUAGAAAACAUUGCAACAUCGAUUGAAGGUAAUUACAUUGCAGUAGGUCGUAAAUUUAAAGUUGUUGAAGAACUUUACAAUUAUCCAUGCAGUUCUGUUGAUUUUGACAUCUUUAAAGUCAGUCAAUUAUCUGCUCUUCAAGUUUGGCCUUUACAUAAAAUUAGUAAAAAAUUUGUAAAAUUACCAUAUGUAAAGAAUAGUAAUGAAAGUAAUUUUGCAGUAUUAUCGCUAAUAAACACCGCACAUAGCUUAUAAUAUAUUGCGUACUGCAUUUCAUAAUUUUUUUCUAAAAAAAAUUUAUAACAAUAUAUAUAACAAGAUAUGUAUCAUAUCUAAAUAAAUUUUUGUGCGGAUGUAUAUAUAUUUACAAUACGAUACUCGGGAAAAUAUGUUCAAAAGUUUCAGGCGGAAGAUGCCGAAUUCAAAGAAUCAGGGAUUUAUCGUCGCAGAAUUCUACGAUGGUAUCCAAGUAAUACCAAAAUCUUGGCUACAAAGCGACGAUGUAUGCAAGUAUCCCUCACAUUAUAAAACGGAUUUAAAAAUUCGGAAGGCGAUUGAAAAAGAAGAAAUUCCAACUUCUAAUUGGUCUUCCGUUAAAAUUGAUCGGAUUUUUGGCGAGUAUUCAUGUUUAUGUAAAGCCGAUGAGAAAGCCAAACAAGCCUUUGAUACAUCGGAUAUGGAUACUGACAAAGAAACGAGAACCAAAAAAGCGAAAAAAUUAAGAGCAAAAAAAGCUAUGCUGUCGUCCGAAAGCGAGGAAGAAUCUAGAGAAAUUAUUUUACCACGUCCUCCACGUCCUCCUGCAAAACGUCAACGACCGUACGAUGGAAAUGAAUCUGGAAGUUUAUCCAUGAUUAAAUGUUCUCGGAAUUCUUCCGCAGAAACGUACAGCAAAUCAGAAAAGGUUUCAAAUUCAAAUGAACACAAAUCUCGAGAUCACAAUUCUUCGUAUUCAAGAAAUGAAGAAAGACACAAUAGUACUGUACAGCAUAGACUCGAAAAUGAAGAGGAUAUAUCAAAUCGACAUGUGGAUAAAAUGGAUGAGAUCGGCCAUAUGCAAGACGAAGAGAGAUUACAAGAAAAAAGAAAUGAUAAUUUGGAUAAGUCUUCACAAAAUGCAAUUGUGGAUUAUUUGAAGAGACUGACAAGAGAAAUAGUGACCAUAAAAUACGAUAUGUGGCAAACGUUUAGCUUAUUGGAUAUUUUAGUGAAAAGGACAAAUUCAGAAACAGAAGCCAAGAACACAGAGAUUUCUUUUGAAAGCGUUGAAGACCGAUUUCCGUUACAAACUGCAGAACAAUUAAUGGAAGUGGAGGAAAUCUUGAAACUUCAUAAUUCCCAAGAUAAUGCUGCAAUACGAGCAUAUAUCAAAUCUAUUGGAGGAACUAACGUCACUGAUGCCGUAAAAAGGACGUUGUAUAAGUUAUUCACCAAUAAAUUGGCGGAAAAAUAUAAUUGGGAAGGCCGUUGCGGAAAGGAACCACUACAUAAAUUGAAACUAAUAAAAAUGAUUUUUAGCUGCGUACUCCAGAAUAUCCCGAAUACCGACCAUGGCAAAAUCCAACGGAGGAUUAUGGAGUGGUUCCGACAUUCAAAGGCGAGACAUCAAAAUGAGGAGAAACGUAAGUUACAAGGUAACAGAGAUCAAGGUGACGGAGAUGAUUCUAUUUCAGAGUAAGUCGGAGGAAAAUGAGGAAAGGUAUUAACAACAUCGAAAGGUAUUGUUACAUCCGGAGGAUUUCACGAUUCCCCUUUUCGCAUCCAUUAUAUAAAUUAUGCUAAGGGAUUGUCUGUAAAAUUUACAAUACUUAUACCCGGAACUCCACGAUUUCUCUUUUACAAAUAACAC